UUCGCCGGUUAGCUGUUGUUUCGUUUAGAUUUUUUGGAUACAUAAAAUUCCACAAAAAGAUUUUCAAUAAUAACGACGCGCCUCCCGCAAUUGCAAAAAAAAAAAAAAACAAAAAAAAUAAUUUUGAAAAAAUACACAAACCAGCAAAUAAAACAAUUAAUAAAUAAAUUAUAUAAAUAAAAAUGGCUGCACCUGCUCUUAAAGAUCUUCCAAAAGUUGCUGAAAACCUCAAAAGCCAGCUUGAAAGCUUCGACACUGAAAAAUUGAAGAAUGCUAAUACUCAGGAAAAAAUCAUUUUACCUACAGCCGAGGAUGUAGCCGCUGAAAAGACUCAAAAGUCUUUGUUUGCUGGCAUUGAGUCCUUUAAUCCAUCCAACUUGAAACAUACCGAAACGCAAGAGAAGAAUCCCUUGCCAGACAAAGAAGCCAUCGAAAAAGAAAAGGAGAAGAACGAUUUCAUUGCAGGCAUUGAGAAUUUCGAUUCCAAAAAGCUGAAACAUACCGAGACAUGUGAGAAGAAUCCCUUGCCAACCAAGGAGAUCAUCGAGGAAGAAAAGAGAGGUUAAGUCACCAACGUCGUCUCCAUCAUUAAUUCGUCAUAUCUGCGCUUGCGUAAAUGAUGAUUGCCGCAGCGCAGGUGCUGUAGCAAAACUCAACGGCCGUUCCAGUAGCACUUCACCACUCACACUGCAGUACUGGAUGACGUAUUUUUACUCAUUCCUAAUAUCUAAUAUUACUGAAAGACAUACUUUACUUUGUAAAAGCAUUUAUAAUUUGCGUACAUACACAUAUUUAUAUAUCGAAAAACAAAUAACAUUUUCAUACAAAAUUUUAUAAAAAAAACAGCAUGUCUUUUUCUCAUUGUGUCCACCCUCAUCUUUUCACUGUUAAAGAUGUAGCUUUUGUCUGCUUGCUAGUGUUUGCAUGGAGAGCGACCAUAAAUCGCCACUGAUGUUUAUUGCAAUAUGUACGUGACUUCAAUUUCAAUUCACGUUAAUGAUACAUUGUCAACUCCUCCAUGCCAUUCUUGGACACCAAUCACAAAUAUGGCUGCCUCAUGUCAUGUUCUAACCGCAUGUUCCAAAGGGUAAUCGUAGAAUAAAAGACUGGACUUAUUACAUGCGAGGAGUAAAAUACGAUCGAUGGGCCUGUUGAGAUGCUUUUAAUAAAAUUUGUAUUUUUACAUAAAAAA